CGAGUUGUUGAAAACUCAUGCCAACUAAGUACGUUCCCUUUGUAUCAUAAAUAUAUAUAUAUAUACCCUCCUUAAACCCUUUCUUCCACAACCAAACAAGUCCUUUUCUGAAAAACUUUCUCGCUUCUGAUCACGCAUACAAGUUUUUUUUUUUCUUUCUGGAUUCCUCAGAUUGUGGUGUAAGAGUUGCGUGUUGUUGUUGAUGAUGAUGAUGAUGACUCGUGGUGGUAACAACGGUGUGGGCAACACCGCACUGUUGAUGGCGAAGGGUUUGGGUGGUGAAGUUGGUGUUCCUAGCCAAUGGGGUUGUUGGGUUAGAGCGGUUUAUGGAGGUGGUGUAAGAAAUGGGAGCACUUUGGCUAUGUCAGAGAAGGAGAAUAACGAUGGGGUUGAUAAGAAGGUUGAAUCGUCUUCUGAGAGUGGGAAGAAAGAGGAAAAGGGGAUUGUGAGUUAUUGGGGUGUUCAACCUUCAAAGAUCACCAAAGGGGAUGGCACGGAAUGGAAGUGGAAUUGCUUUAGGCCAUGGGACACAUACAAAGCAAAUGUUUCCAUUGAUCUGAAGAAGCAUCACGCGCCUCUCACUUUUCUGGACAAAAUGGCUUAUUGGACUGUCAAGUCUCUUAGAUACCCCACCGACUUGUUUUUCCAGAGACGAUAUGGGUGCCGGGCAAUGAUGCUUGAGACAGUGGCAGCUGUUCCUGGCAUGGUAGGAGGCAUGCUACUACAUUGCAAAUCCCUUAGAAGAUUUGAGCACAGUGGUGGUUGGAUCAAAGCACUGAUAGAAGAAGCAGAGAAUGAGCGCAUGCACCUGAUGACAUUCAUGGAAGUUGCAAAGCCCAAGUGGUAUGAGCGUGCUCUAGUCAUAACUGUCCAAGGAGUUUUCUUCAAUGCAUAUUUCUUAGGCUAUUUGCUCUCACCUAAAUUUGCCCACCGCAUGGUUGGUUACCUUGAGGAAGAGGCUAUACACUCCUACACUGAGUUCCUGAAGGAGCUAGACAAGGGCAACAUAGAAAAUGUGCCAGCUCCAGCCAUUGCUAUGGACUAUUGGCAGCUGCCACCUAACUCAACUCUACGAGAUGUGGUCAUGGUUGUGAGGGCUGAUGAGGCACAUCAUCGUGAUGUCAACCACUUUGCUUCAGACAUACAUUACCAAGGACGAGAGUUGAGAGAGGCUGCGGCUCCAAUUGGUUAUCACUAAGAGUCUAAAAUUUUGGCCUCUUUUGAUGUUGAAGUGUGAGAAUUUAGACACAAAUUCUGAUGUCUUUUGGCUAUAGAAAUAAAUAAAAUUGCUGGGACUGACUAUACAGUGUUUUUUCGGUUAUGUCUAAUGAUGACAGUGUAAAUAGUGUGGUGGAGUCUAUAUUUGUUCAAAUUCAUAUGGAGUGUUUGUAAUUCUGCUGUACAUGCUUGAAGGUACAAGUGGAGUUAUAUGAUAUCCAAGAGAGCUCCAUGAUAUGUUUUGCUAAAUAAUUCAUCGAUUUAUUCCUUUUGGCAAGAGCUUCUAUUAAUUGGUUUUUACUUCGUCUUGGAUUUCACCUUUUAGGAGAUCAAUGAGCAGAAAGAAUUGGUGAAGUAGAAUUUUACUAAUUAAUGUCUUGGAAAAGCAUCAGAAAAUAUGGCAUCAAUAUGAGGAUGCUGUGUAUGUGAUUGACAAAUGAACAUUCAAUCCAUGUUGAGGAAUUUCUUUGGCUUGGACAAAAAUAAUUUUUUGUCCAUGGCACGCCAAAUUUAUAAACCAUGACAGCUUGAUCAAUUUGUUACAUGGCACAUGUAAAUAUUUUUACCACUGUAAGGAAGAGAUCAAUGGGGAAACUGAAGGAGCAACAACCAUGGAAAAAGGCAGCCCUGCACUUAACAACGCUGAAGGGAAGGGAAAAUGUUUAAAAAUAAAAAAAUUGAAGAUAAUAUGUGGUUGGAAUCAGACUGUUGAGGAUCUUCUUUGAAGAACAACUUGACUUUUUCCACAAAUAGAUUGUUCUUUGACCAUGAUGCUGCCAGGUGCUACAUAAGCUACCGUGACGGUGUUCUUUACCAGGUAUGCUACUUCAAAGUCACGGUAGUCAAAGAGAUUUGGGAGUGUCCCUACCAUGAUUUGGGCUGCUCAUCCCAAAUCAGCAUUUACAGUUGUAAAUAUGUAACUCUAAAAUAUUUUUGUAAUUAAUUGUGUAUCUGUGGCAAAGAAGCUGAAAUUAGGUUAUAUGGAACAUUAUAAAAGGGAGAAUUCUCCUGCAGAAAAUACAGUUUUUACCCCCAUUUUCUUCUUAGCUUGACAACAGUGGGCUUGUGCUAAUACAACCAUGGAUUCUUUUGCUUAAUUGAGGUGAUUGUUAAGUAGGAUGCAGUGUAGGUAGAAAUAUUAUAUAAUAUCUGUUCCUGUAUAUUGUUACUCUCCGACUUUGGAAUCUCCAGUUUCAUGUUGAAUCUGUUGGGUUUUUAGCAGAAAUUUUGAAAACAAGAGAAACAAAAACUACAAGAAUGUUUAGAUUUAAUGAGAAAGAUGCAUCAUGCAGCAAUGGUAACUUUUAUUCACCAGC